AUGUCCCAAACGCCGGUCGCUGAGCCCUCCGACGACCCCAACGCAUUCACGUGUGUCACGCUGCUCGCGUGCUGCCUCCCGGGCCUUUCGAAGAAGAAGCCGGAGGAAAGUGGCAGCAAGAGCCAGCAGCCAACGGCGCCGGAACAAGACCAGCCCAAGGAGCAAGAGCACCCCCAAGUGCCGAGCCGCGCCGCGUCGCUGGAGAAGCUCGAGUGCUCCUCGCUCUACUCCGGCAGCAACAUCAUCUUCGACUUCCUGGCCGUGGAGCUGGGGGAAGGGGACGACCGUGGCGUCGGCGCGACCCACGGAUAUUGCCCUUCGCCGUGCUUCGACCUGCCGGUGGAGCGGAUACGGACCGCUGAGCGAUACGGCGUCGACGACGCGCCGGUCACGUCCGCCUUCGUGUUUGACGGCGGUUACCGAGACGGCGCCGCCCUGAAGAAGAUGGCAUCGUGCCUGGCGCCCGGCACCCCAGAUGGCACGGAAGCGCGGCCAACGCAUCUCGUGAGGUUUCUGUCCGCGUCCGAUUCUGGCUUGCCGGUGCGGCCUGCCGUCACAUCUGUUGGGCCGGCAAAAGGCCGAUGA